AUGAUAUCUCGGGAAAUCUACGAGGAGAGUGGAGCCAGGGGCAUCGACACGCCGGGCCGUCGCACCGUCGCCGACAGGUCAGCCCGUCGGAAGAGUGCCCGGGCUAUCAUCGACCGUGUGGUUGACGAUGCCACGAGCGAUGAUGAGGCUGGUGAUGAGGGCCUUGCGCGGGAGAUCUUCGAGUCUAGUGGCGACGAGGGUGUACAAGAAAAUGAAGAAGGCCAGGACGGAGAUCUUGAGGAUGGUGCCGGAAGCGCUCUGGCGACACCGUCCAAGGCCGCACGGGGCCGGAAGAGGAAGGCUGCGGCUAGGAAGAGAUCUCCGACGCCGCCUCGAGAUCUGCCACCGCAUGAGAUGUACUUCUUCCAGAACAAACCUGGCCUGGCCAAGACAUCCAACAACACUCUGGCAUCGCUAGAUCUGCUCACACAUGAUGAGUACUUCUCAAUCGUUCGGGACUUGAAGGACCCACACGAUGCGGACAUCAAGUUCCUGGAGGACCUUCACGCGGAGUCCUUUGGGCAAUGGGGCUUCGAACUGGCCGAAGGCUUCAGCGUCUGUCUAUACGGCUACGGAUCUAAACGACCUCUCCUACACCGCUUCGCCAAACACCUCCACAGCAAGACCCCAAGCGGUCAAUCACCUCACAAGAUAGUCAUCUUGAACGGAUAUGUCCGCACCAUCAGCAUCCGCGAGGUGCUCUCCACCGUCAGCAGCGCAGUCGAUCCAUCCUACAAGCUCACCUCCGGCAACCCUGUCGCACUCCUCCAGGACGUGCUCUCCCUUAUCACCGCCUCAGACAUCAUACUGACGCUGAUCCUCAACUCCGCUGACGCACCACCGCUGCGCAAGUCCUCCUUCUACACCAUCCUCUCCCAGCUCGCAGGGCACCCGCGCAUCCGGCUCGCCUGCUCGGUCGACACGCCCGACUUCCCGCUGCUGUGGGACAGCGGGCAGCGCUCGGCCUUCAACUUCGUCUUCCACGACUGCACGACCUUCGCACGCCGGAGCGCCGCCGAGCUCGAGGUCGUCGACGAGGUCCACGAGCUGCUCGGCCGCAAGGCCCGGCGCGUCGGCGGCAAAGACGGCGUGGCGUUCGUGCUCAAGUCGCUGCCGGACAACGCCAAGAACCUGUUCAGGCUGCUGGUGGGCGAGGUGCUGGUCGCACUGGAGGACGAGGGUGUUGGCGCGGGCGGCGAGAACCCCGGCGUUGAGUACCGGAUGCUGUACAACAAGGCGGUUGAGGAGUUCAUAUGCAGCUCGGAGAUGGCGUUCAGGACGCUUCUGAAGGAGUUCCACGAUCACCAAAUGAUCACCAGCCGCAAGGACGUCUUGGGCACAGAGCUGUUGAGCUUGCCCUUCCGAAAGGAAGAGCUCGAGGCUAUUCUGGAGGACUUGAUGUCAUGA